AACACCGCGUUGCCAUCGAGUUCGAUGUCAGUCACUCGUGAAACGUGAAACUAGUUGAAAGUUUUAAGGCUUCUCUUCUCUUCUGGAGAGAGCUCUUGUUUUUAAAUCUGUCAUCAGAUUCGCGUGUGUUUUAUCCUUAUUUCCGCGCGUGAUAUCACCAGACUCUUCGCAGUUUUUGUAUCAUCCUUCUCAUGAAUGAGUGUCUAGAGACUAGAUUCCUCCCCGAUGUGAAGAAAACGGUUUACAUGAGAUCGCAUACUAAAGGAGGAGGAGGAGGAGGAGGAGACGAAAGGGACGGGAAGGAAGUAAGGAUGAGAGCUACAAAAAAAUCACUCGUCGCUGAAGGGAUGGAGCGAAAGAACUCAUCAGGCCCGAGGUCAAAGUUCGCCAGUUGCUUGACCCUGAAAAUAUUUUUUUUCGUCUCCAUCGUCGUAAACUUCCGGCUUAAUUACGCAACAGCUUGUCAAUUUUAUCCGGUUGGAGAGUACCUCAAAUUCGUGAGGGUACCGGAAAACUUGGCUGUCGGAGAUCGAGUUCUCACCCUUGAGGUUCAUCCGAGGAGCCAUUUGACGAUUAUUCCGGUUGACAAGGAAGAGGAUGCUCGAUAUUUCACGCACAAGGAUUUGAAUUCGACUCACGUCGCAGUUACUCUGUCUCAAACACUGGAGGAUCUCGUCGACUCGGAGACGCCGAGAAAUUUAUUGAAAUUUCGUUUCGUUUGCGAUUAUUCAGCCGGCGCUGAUACGCUGGUGUCUUCUCACCUUUCGGUAACGGUCUACGUGGAAGACGUUAACGAUCAUGCGCCGCAGUUCAUCGGAGCGCCUUACCACGUGACGGUUGAUGAAUUCACGCCGACCGGUCUGACGAUAUUCCGUGGUAUUCAUGCCUCCGACGGUGACAAGCCAGAUACUCCGAACAGCGACGUCCACUACGCGAUAGUGAAAGGAAACGAGGAUGGCAAAUUUUCCCUUGAAUCCGGCCACAGGACGGCAUUGAUUUUACGCAAACCCCUGGACUACGAUACCGGCGAUCGACAAUUUUCUCUCGUCGUAACAGCCACCGAUCGCGGAACACCGGCAAGGACUACCAGCACCACGGUCACUGUCGACGUCGUCGAUAACGACGAUCUUGGUCCAAAGUUCACUCAGAACGUCUACAAGACGAAGAUUUAUGAAUCUUUCCCAGCUUCGAAAAAUCCGAUUCACAAAGAGAUCUACAUGGACACACCGAUUCAUGCCGCGGAUCAGGAUCGCGAUAUCAAUUCACCGAUCAAAUACGAGAUCACAUCGGGCAAUGAUCGUGGACUUUUUCACAUAGACCGAUACAACGGCACUCUCUAUCUCGAGCGCGACAUUGAUCUGGACGCCGAGAAAAAUUUGCCGAACAAUACGUUCGUCUUGCACGUACACGCGUCGCAGACGGACAAUCCGUUGAAAUUCGCGACGGCUAAAUUAGAGAUCAAAGUGUUGGAUCUGAAUGACAAUCUGCCAGAGUUCGAAGUGGAUUUUUACAAUAUAAGUAUCGUGGAAAAUUUGCCAAACGGUUUCAGCGUGCUGCAAGUUGUAGCGCAGGAUAUCGACCAGGGAGACAAUGCGGAGUUCACGUACGACCUUGAGGACCCAUCGGGGGCGUUUUUUGUGGACCCGAAAAGCGGUUGGCUGACGGUGCGCGAUGAGACUGUUUUGGAUCGCGAAAAAACGGCAUUUUUACGAAUGAGAGUAAUCGCGGUGGAGAAGACACCGAGUGUCAUUUAUCUUGGUAGAAACGAGAGUUCUUCGGUCCAAGUGGAAGUUACGUUGCUCGACGCGAAUGACAACAAUCCGACUUUCUUACCGAGCAACGUUUACGAAUUCGUUACGCAGAGCGACGCCAAAAUUGGUACCGUACUCGGACAGGUUCACGCUCACGACACAGAUCAGGGCAGAAACGGCAUUGUCAAGUAUGGAAUUCAACGGACCGGCAAUUCGUCUGCCCGCGUACCGUUCGCGGUCGAUCAACGUAGUGGCGUCAUCACCGUCGCGAGGAGCCCGAUUAUCGAGGGACGACACGCGAUAUUUGUCGAAGCCGCGGAUCAACCGGCGAAUCCCAGUGAAAGGAGAUUCUCCCUUGCCGUCGUCACGGUCGACGUCUUCCGCUCCGACGACAGUCGAGUUUACGAGCCGGAUUUCAUCGGUUCUCCCUACGAAUUCUGGGUCGGUGCGAACGUACCAAUUGGCACGAGCGUCGGCCAAGUUAGAAUAAACGAUGCUGCGGCUAAGAAGAGUAACUUAAUUUACGAUCUUCUGCACAGUUAUCACGAGGGAGUCCCGUUCGCGGUCGAAGAAAAAUCCGGAACUAUAACCGUCGUCGACGAAAUUGAACGUUACGAUCGUUCUAGCUACGAUUUCGAGGCAGUUGUCACCGAUGAAAGGGAGCUCACUCUUGUUACCAACGUUUCGAUACACGUCGUCGAUCCCAACGACCAAAGAGACCUAUUCACCAAAGGCACGACGAGAGCUCCUUUGCUGUUCCACGUUCGGGAGAACGCAGUAGGAGCGUCGAUCGGUCAAGUUGUCCCAAGCAAUGGAACGAACGGAACAAAAAAUAUUCAUUUUCUCAUAGCCAAUCAGCGAGACGUACCGGACAUAGCGAUAGCGGACGAUGGUACUCUUUAUACGCUUCGAGGUCUCGAUCGUGAGAACAGACAAAACUUUAGUAUCACCGUCAUUGCUGAGACUGCUCGAGAUCUGGGAGUAUUUCAAGUAACGAUAGUAGUGGACGACGAAAACGACAAUGCUCCCAUAUUCGAUGCUCCUUUGUACGAGGGUCACGUGGAGGAGAACAGUCCUUCGGGAACCGAAGUGAUUCUGAAGAAUCCCAUUUCAACUCACGACCCGGACGAGGAAAUCAACCGAGGAAACUACAGUAUGAUCCUCGAGGGCCCUGGAAGCGAUUGUUUCGCCGUUGAGUCAGCUACUGGACGUCUUUUUGUCGAAACGAGGAACGCGUGCGAGAUACUCGACCGAGAGGAAAAGAGACUUUACAAUCUCCAGCUAAUUGUCAACGACGGUGUAAAUCCACCAAAUCGAGUACCAAUGACGAUAGAGAUCGAGGAUGUGAAUGACAAUUCGCCAACUUUCUCGCAAAUGAUCGUUCUCCCGGAUCAUGGAAUCUACGUGACAAAGGAUCCGAGCAUCCUCAACAAUCGAGAAAUCUGGUCGAGCAUUGACGCAUCCACGUACGAAAGGACGAGUCAGGAAAACGCAAAACAUCACGAGAACGAGAUGAAAAAUGAGGAUCGUUCGCCGCUGGUAUUUGUGCCGGAAAAUGUAACGAUUGGUACCGUGAUAAUUCGUUUGCUGGCCGAGGACAAGGACGAGACUGGCAGGAGCACAGAUGCCGACAAUGCAUCGAGCGGGGCGAUAACGUACGGCAUCUCGACGGACGAGCGAUCCAUCGAAGGAAAGGACGACUCGGAUAGCGGCGGAGCAACGGAGGAGGCGGAGAAGGUUAAAUCGAAUUCCGAUUCCAAGCCCUACUUCGUCAUUGGCUCAAGGUCGGGCGAGAUCACGGUUGCACGUGGGUUGGAUGCUGGUCGACAAAUUCGUCUACUGGUGACAGCCACGGACUCGGGUAACCUCACGGAUCAUUUGUCAAUAAGAAUUUUCAUCGAAGAUCUCAAUGAUCAUCCACCAGUUUUUCAAAAAUCCUGGUACGCUUUUGACGUUCCGGAAGGAGAAUACAGUUCUCACGAGAUCGGUAAGAUCGUCGCGAUAGACGCCGAUCUGGGUAGAAACGCCAAUGUGAGUUACGCCAUCGAGCAAAAAACUACAGAGUCCGAUUUAUCAAGGCUGACAUUCGCGAUCGGUCGUUACGACGGCUCCUUGACGGUGAGCGGUAAUCUUGAUCGGGAAUCUCGCGAUACCUACAAUUUUUGCGUUGUCGCUACUGACAAUGGUCAACCCACGAUGACGGCUAGAGUAGACGUUGAAAUUAGUGUCCUCGACGUUAAUGACAAUGCUCCCAAGUUUUACGGCUACUCGGAGAUUGGUUUGAUCAACGGUAAGAGCGACGAGGAUGGAUUGAUCGUUCCGAUUUAUUACGCUUCCAUACCCGAGGAUAGUCCGGUUGGUAGCAUCGUCACCAAAGUAUAUGCCAACGACACGGAUUUCGUCGGCAACGGAAAUGGUUUAAUACUCUUCGACAUUGCACGAACUAUCGGGGAGAAGCAGCAUUUGACGAUCGACGGAAAAGACGGCCUCGUGACGAUCAUCGCCGAUCUCGAUUACGAGAAGCAAUCGUUGUACAAUUUGACAAUCACAGCGCGAGAUUUGGGAUCCCCGAGCUUGACCUCAACAGCCAUUUUGUACGUUAGGGUGCUCGACGUCGAAGAGCCGAUCGAGAAGCUCGAUAUCGGAGAAGAAGAAAAGCCAGUUUUUCAGCAUCGUUAUUACGAAGUUGAAAUCGAAGAGAACACACUCGUACCGACUAAGCUCUUGCAACUUAACGUCUCCGAGAGAUACAACAAGGACAGAAUACGCUACUCGAUAGUCGCCAACGACAUCGAAACCCAAGAUCGUUUCAGCAUCGAUCCCGUUGACGGAGCUCUCUAUCUUCUAAAAAGUGUCGACCGCGAGAUCGAGGAUUUUUACGAGAUCAAGGUCAAAGUCGAGAGAGUCAAUAAAACUGGAAGGGGCAUGGGACCGGUGAUGAUAUAUCCGAUACCGGAUGAGAAGCUCGGCGGUUUGGCCAACAACGAGGCCAAGAUCGUCGUCAGGAUCAAAGACACCAACGACAAUGCGCCACGAUUCAAGAGCAAAGGUCGUCCGUUCCUAGCUGCUGUUCCAACUUCCGUCCCGUAUGGUUACGAGAUCAUUAAGGUCGAGGCCGAGGAUCCGGACGCUGGAAUAAACGGUGAGAUUCGCUACCAGAUUCUUGGCCGAGAAGAUGCGCCGCGAUUCGCCAUUGACCCACUUAGUGGUCAAGUGCGAUCUGUUGGGAGUUUUUCGCGGGACGCCGGUCGAGUUUUCGGCUUCGAUGUCAAGGCCACCGACAGACGAGGUGCUGAGAAUGGUCGCAGUAGCAUUGCCAACGUUUUCGUGUACGUCCUUGACGAUCACAAGCAAGUGGUGAUGGUGAUGGGCAAGAAACCAACGGACAUUGAGACCCAAGUGGAAGAGAUUACGACCGCUUUGCGAAACGUAACGGGACUCGAUGUACGAGUUAGGAAACUGGAGCCCCACAUAGAAAAAAAUCUCAUCGAUGCUGAGUCUACUGACAUGUAUCUGUACGCGGUUGAUCCGGAUUUGAACGUCAUGAUAGAUAUGGAAACUUUGCAAAAUGUAUUCCGCACAAAGAAAUUGGAGUUGAAGGAUGAACUGGAGAGAUACCGAAUGCUCGAGAUUGCUAGCAGCACGCCGAGGCGAGCUAACAAUCGUUAUUUACUCUCGACUUUGGAGGUUGGCGUGGUCGUUCUAGGAUGCGUUGUUUUCGUCGGCGCACUCGUAACUGCUCUAUGCGUCACCUGCGUACGUAGAAAUAAACGGCGACAUCGAUUAAGGCGUUCCGGAAUAUACGGUGCAAGUGGCCCAAUUGGUUUUACGCUCACCGAGCCAAACGCCUCGCUACGCAAAGGGCCACCGUUAUUCCCAACGUUCGUCGACGGUCUUCGAUACGAUCCUGAACCGUUUGCUAACGAAAUGACGACCCGAAGGCUCAGUCAAUUUGAGCACGAGCCCAGCUGUGUCCGUCAUCAUCAUCGAGGAACGCGCUGCUGCAGCGACGUAGGGAAUGGAAAGCGUACCGCGAGAUCGGUCACCGGUGAUGGUAGCGUCACCGCUGCUGCUGCCGCCGUUGGAGGAUGUUUGGAGGCUUCCGCAACUUCGCUACACUCGAGCGGACAAGAUUCCGGAAUUGUAGCGCGAGCCUGUCACUGCAGUCACUCCUCGAGUCCUUCCAGUGGCGACAGUAGCAAUGGCUACGAGGACUCGCUCAAGUCGCUCCACCGCAGCGGUGCGAGCAACGAGCUCUCACGGGGCCACGAGCUUCACGCUACGGGAAACGAUCUUCAGCAACAGUUAACGAGCAUCACAGGCAGCGGUAACAGCAACACUGUUGGGCGUAGGCAUCGUCUCCACUCUUUUACCAACUUCGAGAGCAGCAUGUAUCCUCGGGAAAGUACGACCCUUCAACGCGAAACGCGGUACCGGAGCAACACCGAAAAAAGAAAGCGGGCGAUCAGCGCCAGCAAUAAUUCCUUGUCGUACGAUAAGAGCUUGCACGAAGGGUACAACGUCAGUCGUACUUUGAUACGAGAUCGUGCCAACACCGUCACCAAACUGCCAAACAACGAGGACAAUCCCGAUAGUUUACAGGGACCCGCUGGCUCCAGUCAUACUUUGUAUUGGUGAUGAAGCUUUAACGAUCCUCGAAUCGUGCUAAUUCAACGUCUACUCACCCAUGGUGCUCAACAUUGAACAAUCAAUUUUUUAUGAUGGCAGACCGCGUUAGAAGAACGGACUAGGUUAAGGGCGUAUACCGAGUAUAUGUGUACAAAAAGAAAUGGAAAACGCAGAGAGAAAGGAAGAGGUUGUUGAAACUGAUGUAGAGGAGAGUGGAAGGAAAAAUAAUGAUCCGCGAUCUGGCAGAUCGAUGAUGACUUGUAUGAUUCGUGUUACCAUAAAGCAAAAAAUGAUUCUCGUAGAACGAUUAUCUUGCAACACGUGCAUGAUCAUCGUGUAUUUAUAAUUGUAAAAAAGUAAUAAUGUAAAUUAUGUAGCUAUGCGCAUCAUCGUGAAAAAAAUUAAUUUAUCAUAUUGAUGUAUACUCGUAUAAAUAUAUAUUUACCUGUAAAUUUAUAAAUAAAAAUUCAGAGUAGCGUGAGUAUACGUACGAAUA